GAGACUCCACAGCCGAGUGAAGACACGAUCCGUCGGAACGACGCGCGGCAAAACGAAUCGUUAACGCGCUCUGUACGCGCACCGCGACGACGACCCGUCGGAGCGGCCCUGAUGCGGGUCGCGCGCGCUCGUCUCAGGGCAAAUGAUGACUUCGAUGCUGCCCAGCUUUAACCCGCCUAUCGUCAAGCGGCUGCUGGGCUGGAAAAAGGCCGAGAGCGAGGACAAAUGGAGCGAGAAGGCCGUUAAGAGUCUGGUCAAGAAGCUGAAGAAGUCCGCGGGCCUCGAGGAGCUCGAGAAGGCCAUCACGACGCAGAGCUGCAACACCAAGUGCAUCACUAUCCCAAGGCCUAGCCCGGGCGGUGUCGGCGACAACGGCGUUCAGGGUGUACGUGGCAAGGGUCUGCCACACGUGAUUUACUGCCGACUCUGGCGCUGGCCGGAUCUGCAGUCGCACCACGAGCUGAGGGCGAUCGAGCACUGCGAGUACGCCUUCACCCAGAAGCGCGACGAGGUCUGCGUGAACCCUUAUCAUUAUCAACGAAUACAAACGCCAGUUUUGCCGGCCAUUCUCGUGCCGCGGCACAACCUAGCCAGCGACGAGAAUACCGUCCUCUACAACACCUCCCUGGAGGAGCUCAGCGUCAGCGUGCCGGAGAACACGAAUUUCCACGCGACUCUGAAUCACCAGCAUAAUCAGCAGCAGGGCAUUCCGCAGUCCCCGCAGCAGCAGCAGCAGCAGCAGCAGCAACAACAACAGCAGCAACAACCAAAUAAUCCAUACCAAGGAAUGCAGAGCAUGCAGGCAACGAGUCCGGCGAGCGUCGGGAGCCUCGGAAGCGUGCAGGGUUCACCUCAUCCCGCUCCGGGAUCCAUGGAUCCGCCGGCAGAUACGCCGCCGCCGGGCUACAUCAGCGAGGACGGCGACAAUAUGGACCACAACGAUAACAUGUCCCUGUCACGCCUGUCGCCUAGCCCCGUGGACGCGCAGCCGGUUAUGUAUUGCGAACCCGCGUUUUGGUGUUCAAUUAGUUACUACGAGCUAAAUACGAGAGUGGGCGAGACGUUUCACGCGUCACAGCCGAGUAUAACUGUGGACGGUUUUACCGAUCCGAGCAACUCGGAGCGUUUCUGCCUCGGUUUGCUGUCCAAUGUGAAUCGCAACACGGUAGUCGAGCAGACUAGGCGACACAUCGGCAAAGGCGUGAGGCUAUAUUACAUUGGCGGUGAAGUGUUCGCCGAAUGUCUAUCCGAUUCGAGUAUCUUUGUGCAGAGUCCCAACUGCAAUCAACGUUACGGCUGGCAUCCGGCCACCGUUUGCAAAAUACCGCCAGGAUGCAAUCUGAAGAUCUUCAACAACCAGGAAUUCGCGGCAUUGCUGUCGCAGUCAGUGUCACAGGGUUUCGAAGCGGUGUAUCAGCUGACCCGUAUGUGCACGAUCCGGAUGAGCUUCGUGAAGGGCUGGGGUGCGGAAUACCGCCGGCAGACGGUCACCUCGACUCCCUGCUGGAUCGAGCUGCAUUUAAAUGGGCCGCUGCAGUGGCUCGACAGGGUACUCACGCAGAUGGGCUCGCCCCGCCUACCCUGUUCCUCGAUGUCCUAAAUCUUUGCAUCCUCCAUCCAUUCGUUUAUGAGAGAACACGCGAGGAUAUCCUUCAUGUGCUAUCGUCAUCAUCGUCGUCAUCAUCAUCAUCAUCAUCAUCAUUAUCAUCAUUAUUAUCG